AUGUCGUACGAGAAUUUUGAUCCCAUAUUCCCGGACCAGCCGGUGGUUGACUUGUAUCUUCCGGUUUGGGCGAGCCUUCCGGCGUUCCGGUCGAAGCCAGCGUUCAUCUGGUCGGAAGACGGAACCGCCGACGUCCUGAAUGAAGGCUCAUUUCUAACAUACGGACAACUUCACGACUCCGUUCAGUUCAUCUCCGAGCAGUUGAUCCGCCAGGUAAGGCGGCGCGACACGGUAAUUGUAUUGUGCUCGCCAGGACUCGACCUUGUCCAGCUCAUCUAUGGCUGUCAAAGAGCUGGCCUUGUGAGCGUCCCAAUCAGCCCGCCCGACCCUUGUUUUGAGAAUGAAAAUUGUCACCAUUUUGCAAGAGCCCUCUCGCAGACUAAGCCCCGCGCCGUCAUAGCUCACGAACCUUACAUCGUUAGCGUGUUCCGAUACCUCUCUUCGUCCCAGAUAGACGGGAAGUUGGCAUUGUUGUUGCAGAGCGUGCAAUGGAUAUCAAUGGAGACUUUAAGAACUUGCACGGCGGCGGAGGCCGAUCAAGUGGUUUCAGUAAUUUCUAGUAAAGAUCGGCCCUUCUUUUAUCACUCCAAUUCCUCAUACUACGGCUGUAAGCCAGAGGAGCCUUAUCUAAUCCAAUACACCUCAGGAGCCACCGGAAUUCCAAAGCCGGUGGUGGUUACAGCCGGCGCCGCUGCUCACAACGUCCGAGCGGCGAGAAAAGCCUAUGACUUAAACCCAAACGACGUUAUCGUCUCAUGGCUCCCACAGUACCACGACUGUGGCCUCAUGUUCCUUCUCUUAACCGUCGUCAGUGGCGCUACGUGCGUACUAACCUCUCCUAUCUCCUUCGUCACCCGUCCAAUCACAUGGCUCCACCUCAUCACUACCUUCAAAGCCACGUGCACUCCCGUGCCGUCUUUCACUCUCCCACUCGUCCUCAAGCGGGUGAAGGAAGAAACUCCUCCGGGUGGGGAUUUGGAUUUGUGCUGUUUGAGGAAUUUGAUUUUGAUUAAUGAACCGGUUUACCGGUCGGGAGUCGAGGAGUUUGUGGAUGUGUUUAAGGCGGUCGGGCUGAACCCGGGUUGCGUUUCGCCUUCGUACGGUUUGGCGGAGAAUAGCACUUUUGUUUCGACGGCGUGGAGCGGCGGAGAAGGAGGCCUGCGGCGGUGCUUCCCGGCGAUGCCGAGUUACCGGAAGUUGUUGCCGUGUGCAAGGCUGACGGAUGGAUCGUCGGCGGAGAUUGAGGUGGUGGUUGUUAACGGCGAGACAGGGGAGAUGGUCGACGACGGCGUUGAAGGAGAGAUUUGGAUCUCGUCGCCGAGUAAUGCCUCAGGUUACCUCGGCCAUCCAUUGCUAACCAGAGACACAUUCCACUGCAAACUCAGUAACAAAUCAAGCCAUAAAUUCGUCCGUACCGGCGACAGAGGAGUAAUCAAAGGCGCCGAUCGGUUCCUCUUCGUGAUCGGACGGUGUUCAGACGUCAUUACACUCACCAACAACCAAGAAAUCCACCCUCAUUACAUCGAAUCCAUAGCUUACAACAAUUUCUCCGCCUAUCUCCGAGGCGGCUGCCUCGCCGCCAUCAAGGUAUCCGAUACGAUCGCCGUCGUGGCCGAAAUGCAGAGAGAGGACAAAAACGACGCGGAAACGCUGAGGCAAAUCUGCGAAGGGAUUAGAAAAGCGGCGUUGAUUGAAGAGGGAAUUGAGUUAGGGCUUGUGGUUCUGGUGAAAAGGGGAAACGUCCCUAAAACGACGUCGGGGAAGGUAAAGAGAUGGUUGGCGAAGGAGAAGCUGGCCGGCGGCGGAAUGAGCGUGUUAAUGGCCGUCAAAUUUGGAACAAUUUGCGGCGUUACGAAGGAUUUAGAUGGAAAUCGUCCACUUCUGCUCUCGCUUCUUUAAU